AUGAUGAUUUUUAUCUUUUUUUUUAUAAUAAUAAUUCCUUCCAAAGUUGAUGCUGAAGAAAGGAAUAUUAAUAAGUUGUUAAACAACCAAGCCGUUGUCAGUCGCCAAAUAAUGUGUAUUCUUGAAAAGAGCCCAUGUGACCAACUAGGGCGACAACUUAAAGCUGCUCUUCCAGAAGUUAUAACUAGGAAAUGCCGCAACUGUUCUCCCCAGCAGGCGCAAAGUGCACAAAAAUUGACAGCCUUCCUGCAAGCUCGCUACCCGGAUGUCUGGGCAAUGCUUAUAAAAAAAUAUCAAAAUGUCUAAGUUUAGUGCUUGUAAUGUAAUCGUAUUGUUAUUCUCAGUAAACAGUAAACUUCAAAUACAUAAAUCGACAACACCAAAA